AUGGAGGGACCUCCGCUUGUGUCUCGCCACUCGAUUGAUGAUGAUGACGUUCAGGGUUUAGGUUAUGGAGUUAAUGAUAGUGGGAGUGGACCGUUCUCUGCUGCUUUACUUGAGCCUAAUGUACAAGAUGUAAUGAGCAUGGAGUUGGCUCAUCAUGACAUGGGUGGUUAUUUGGAUCCAAGAAGCUUUGGUGGAGGUACAUUAGGAUUCGAUGACUAUAACACUUCAUCGUCUCUGUAUGAUGUGAAUACCUCGUUUGGUGACGAUAUCACAAAUGAUCAAAAGGAGCUUUUUAACAAUGACGCUGUACCUUUCAGUCAAGGUUGGAAUUUUCUUAGCAAAACAUUGGAAUUACUUUAG